CAUGUACUAGGCGCGUGUUUAUAUUACACACAUGUUAUACAUUAUUAUUUAUCUUAAACAUUAGUCGAGAGAUAAGAUAUAAAUUGUGACACAUUCGUUUAUCUCCUUAUUUGAAGAAGAACACUUUUACAAUAUUAAACAAAGAUGUUGCGAAGUGUUUUAAAAUUAAAAUUUGGUUAUGACAAUUUCAAAAGUGAUAUUCAGAAACAAGCCACUAUUGCAAUUGACAGAGGGAAACAAGAUGUAUUUGUAUGUAUGCCAACUGGUUCUGGAAAGUCUCUCUGUUUUCAACUACCAGCAAUAAUGAAAGAACAAGUCACAAUAGUGUUUUCCCCACUUUUAGCCCUCAUGAAGAAUCAAAUAGAUUUUUUAGUGAACAAGAAGAUAAAUGCAUGUUCCUUGAAUUCUACUACAUCAAGUAAAGAGAGGAGUAUGAUUAUGAAAGAUCUUAUGUCAAAUGCUCCUAAAAUCAGAUUGUUAUAUGUCACUCCUGAAAUGGGAGCUCAGCCACAUUUUCAGGAAAUUAUAACUCACUUGAGAAAAGCAAAAGCACUCUCAUAUUUUGUUAUUGAUGAAGCUCAUUGUUUAAGUGAAUGGGGACAUGAUUUUCGACCAAGUUAUAGACAGCUAGGAGUGUUUAAGAAAUUGUGUCCUGAUAUACCUGUAAUUGCAUUAACUGCAACUGCUGCAAAGCAGGUAAAAGAUGAUAUUCUUCAAAAUCUGCAUAUGAAAGAUCCCUUAGUAUUUUCUCAGCCAGUGUUUCGUCCUAAUUUAUUUUAUGAUGUGUGGUUCCUAGAAACAUUGGAUAAACCAUUUGUGCAUCUAAAAAAUUUUAUUUUGGAUGCCCUUGGACCUUCAGACAGUUCUAUUCCCAUGGACAAAAGAAAUUGUGGUAUUAUUUAUUGUAGAAAGAAGGAAGCUACUGAAAUUGUUGCACACAAACUUAGUCUCUCUGGUAUUGCUACGCUUGCGUAUCACGGAAGCUUGAAAGCUCAAGAACGUAAUGAAGUACAGAAUAAGUGGACGUCUGGUGAAGUACCCGUUAUUGCGGCUACAUGCAGUUUUGGAAUGGGUGUUGAUAAGGGACCCGUCAGAUUUGUAGUUCAUUGGACGGUGCCGCAAAAUAUCGCAGCAUAUUAUCAAGAAUCAGGAAGAGCUGGCAGAGAUGGUAAUUCGGCAUUUUGCAGGGUUUAUUUUAGUAAUGAAGAGUUUGGGCCAAUUUCGUUUCUCAUUAAGGAGGAAAUCACAGGAAAGAAAACUGAGCUCGUGAAAAUUAAGUGGGCGAAUUUUGAGAAGAGCGUUGCAUAUUGUUUGGAACCAAAGUGCCGACAUGCAGUGUUUUCCAAGUAUUUUGGAGAUUCUCCACCACUGUGUAAGAAUAGAUGCGACGUGUGUAAAAAUAAGGAUGAAGUGCAAGCAAGGAUUUCACAGUUUGAAAUGUGUCAGACGAGAUCUCGAAAACCCAGAGGCAAUUUGGGUGGUGUAAUGCGAGCAAACCACGAUGACGAUGAUUGUAACAAUAUGUUUGUCGAGUCGGAAGAGCCAAGAGAGAAAAUAAUAGCGGCUGAAAAACGAGAAGCUAAAGAACUUAUUAUGCAGCAGUUUGCUCUCCGACGUGGUACAUCACAGGAGGACGAGAUAAGACGUCAGAACAUCGAAAAUGCAAAAAAAGCACACGUUCGUGCAGCCAGUAGCACAGAUAGAAAAAUAAAGGGCUUAACUGUUCAGAUGCGGGAACAUCUUUACAAUGAAUUAAAGGCGACUUUGUGCGAAAAUUACCAACAUUCAUGUUUUGAAGUUAACAAACAACUUCAGGAGAAAGAUAUGCACGAUAUGACUAGUAAUUUGGAAUAUAAAAUAUUUUCUAAUACCAAAGUACCAAACAAAUACAAAUUUGAUAUGUCCAAAUUGAUUUCGUCGGUACGAAAAUGCACCAAUAGUAAUACCGUAUAUGAAGCAAUACGUGAUUAUAACUGUACUGAGUCUCAUAAUGUAGAACUUAAUGAUUCUAACAUUGGCGAUAUAUCCAAUAUCAUUCAAGAAUCGGAUACAGCCGAAGUUGAAUCUAAUAGUAAUGGUUGCCUGUCGAAUGAAGUUAAUAAAAGUACUUUUACCUCUGCUUUCAAAACUGCAUUAGAAAUUAGAAACGAGGAAAGGUUACAAACAUCUGUAAACAAAAGUGAAACGAUUCGACCUACGAAAUCGCUGGUUAAAGAUGUUAUCGUUAAUCCAAUAAAAAACCAAAUAUCUGUUACCAAUGAUUCCAGUAAUGUACAAGAAAGUACAUAUAAAGACAAUGUACCACAGAUGCAGAUAUCGAACAGUUUCGUUUGCAUGCGAAAAAUUUAUGAAAGCAAUACAUAUUUAUCUAAACCAGGUACAAGUUCCUCGAGAUCAAAAACCCGUAAGAGUAAGAUAGAUAAGAGUACAAAAAAAGCGGGUAAGUCCGUUUACGAGCAAAUUUUAGCUUCAGCGCGAUCGCCCUUUAAGACUACAAACGAGAGUUCGAAUUUACUCGUAACAGAAUCAAAAGCUUUUGACAAUAUCGUCGAGUCUGUUAAAAAUAAAGACAAGAGUAUUGAGGGUAAAGAUAAAAAUAAAAGAUGUCGCGAAUCUAUCGAGCGUCAGGAAGACGACGUGCAAACAGUAAAGAAAAAACGAAUCAGACAUAGAGACGAUAAGAGUAAUAAUUAUACAUCCGAUAAAAAUACCACAGGUGAUAAAAUUGACGAAGAAGUCGUUAGAAACGACGUACAUACAAUUAUUAACAUUGAUGUCACAAAUCAAGAUUCUUUGGUAAUGAAAAAAGACAAAAUAAAAAUAAGGCAACACAAUGAGAGUUCAGGAACUAAUACAGAAUUAAAGAGAAACAAAGAAUCUACCCAAUCGACUCAUUCGAAACAUCACACAGGCAAAAGUAAUAGUAGAUUAAAAGUGCCGGCAGACAAGGCUAUGCAGUUUAAAACAGCGGAAAUUUUGAAGUCGUACCUGAUGAAAUAUUACCCAUCAGAGCGUCUUCCAGAUAGAGCAACGUUCUCAAAAACUUGUCGAGAAAUGCACUACAAUAUGCUGAAGAAGAAAAUAUUCGAUAAGGAAGGGAUACAUGAUUUUGUUGUCAAAUUUAUGACCCAAACCUGAAGAGUUAUUUUAUUUCAAAUUCAAUCUACUUUCUUGUCUACUUUGGUCCACCGAACAACGAGAGAAACACUCAAAGCAAUCAGUUCAAUUGUGAAUAAAUUUUCUUUUGUACUUAUACAGUUUUUAAUGUAUUUAUAAUAUUAUUGUACCUACAACUGUGUCUAUAAUUUAAUACUAUGUAUAAUAAUCGUUAUAUCAUUGUAAUUAUGGAAGAAAAAUAAAUUUGCUGUAUA